AUGGCCGAGCCCCCAACUAAUUGGGAUCAAUCAGAAGAAGAAAACUCUUCGUUAUCCUCAGCUACUAACAAACUCGGAGCUUUAAAUGUGAAUGCUAUGGAAUUUGUACCGUGUUUUGGUUCUGGAUUUUCACAAGCUCCAACGAUUACUCAACCAGUAGUCUCGACAACUUCACUGUUAACAUCUGGCGUGAUUCGCAAUACCACUGAAGAUGAAAAGAAACAAGCAGAAGUUAUACAAACAGAUAAAUUCAAUAUUCAACAACAACAAGUAAAAGAACCAACUACUACUGUAGAACCAAUAGAACUCGAUGAUGUUACUGAUGAAGAUAGAGAAAGAGUAAUUGAUGAAACAACGACGGUAUCAACAUCAAUAACAACAGCAACAACGAAUAAAACGAAUGCUGCUAGUGCAUCAGUAGUUCCAAAAGAGAAAAAAAAUGUUGUCAAACGAGAUAUUGUACGAAAAAAGGAGCCUCUCAAUAUUAUCUUUUGUGGUCAUGUCGAUGCAGGGAAAUCAACAAUUGGUGGACAACUUAUGUUUUUAACAAGACAAGUUGAUAAACGAACAUUAGAAAAAUAUCGAAAUGAAGCUCGCGAAAAAUCUCGUGAAUCUUGGUAUUUAUCGUGGGCAUUAGAUACAAAUGAAGAAGAACGAGAUAGAGGAAUAACAGUUGAAGUUGGCCGAGCUUGGUUUGAAACUGAAAAAAAACAUUUUAUUAUUCUUGAUGCACCCGGUCAUAAAUGUUUUGUCCCAAAUAUGAUUGGUGGAGCAGCACAAUCGGAUAUUGCUAUUCUUGUGAUUUCAGCUCGUAAAGGAGAAUUUGAAACAGGUUUUGAACGUGGUGGUCAAACACGUGAACAUGCUAUGUUAGUUAAAACAGCUGGCGUUCGUUAUUUAGUUGUUCUUAUUAAUAAAAUGGAUGAUCCAACUGUUAAUUGGGAUCAAGCAAGAUAUGAUGAAAUUCGUGAUAAACUUACACCUUAUUUGAAAAAAUGUGGUUUCAAACCAGGCGAAGAUACUUAUUUUAUGCCUUGUAGUGGAAUGACUGGAGCUUUACUAAACGAACAUCCUGGAGAAAAAAUAUUGCCUUGGUUUAAAGGACCAACUUUUAUUGAAUAUUUGGAUAGUUUACCAUCGUUUUAUAGAAAUAUUGAUGGUCCACUUCGUAUGCCUAUUGUUGAAAGAUACAGAGAAAUGGGUGUGAUUGUUAUGGGUAAAAUUGAAUCUGGUUGUUGUCGUACUGGUGAUCGAUGUUUGCUUAUGCCAAAUCGAACUCGUGUUGAAGUAACAAAUAUUUAUUAUGAAGAUAUCGAAACUGAUUCGUGUGUGUGUGGAGAAAAUGUGCGACUAAAACUGAAAAAUGUUGAAGAAGAAGAAAUUUCUUCUGGAUUUAUUCUAUGUGACAUUGAACAAGAACCAUGCGGUGUUGGAAGAGUAUUCGAUGCACAAGUCGCUAUAAUUGAACAUAAAUCAAUAAUAUGUCCUGGUUAUUCUGCUGUUUUGCAUAUUCAUGCAGCAGCUGUUGAAGUUCAAUUAAAAAAAUUGAUAACAUUAAUUGAUCGUAAAACAGGUGAAAGAACUCAAGAACAUCCACGUUUCAUGAAGCAAGAUGAAGUCGGUAUAGCGAGAUUUGAAUUAUCACAAGCAGGUCAAGCGAUUUGUAUGGAAACAUUUAAGCAUUUUCCUCAACUUGGUCGAUUUACAUUACGUGAUGAAGGUCGAACAGUUGCAGUAGGGAAAGUUCUCAGAAUAGUCGAGUAA